AUGCCGCGACGUUCGGCCCAUUGUCUCGCCUCACUCCUCUUCCUCUGCGCAUUCCUCUGCCUCAUCUCCGCCAAGUCUCAACCACAACGCGACACGCACGCACACCGACGACGUGACGGGUUACAAACAUCUCGUCUCUCUUCGCAACAACGGACCCUCCUAGUAGAUACCCGUCCUAUCAAUCCCGCCCUUCGAGGUGAAGUUUCGGUUGAUAAGCGCGAAGGUUCCUUCAUAGUGCGCGCCGAACCGGUCCCUAAACGCAUCCUUAGAGUCGUAUCGCCGGAAUUCGCGCAUGCGGGGCGACGGAGACUGAAAGGAGCUGAAGGGAACGCGGCGGCGGAAGGGAAGGAGAGUGGCGAGACGUGGACGGAAGCGGAGGAGCAUGCGCUCGUCAUUCCCAAGGGCGUGGCGUUUUAUCACCGGGGGAAAAACAGCGGCGGGGGCGGGGGAAGCGGAGGGGCGGGGACUAGACUAGCAGCGCCGAUCGAUAUCACACCGGGGAAAGGCGGGCGCGGAAAGCGAGGGGGGCAGGCGUCGGGAGGGUCGAGCAACAGCGGCGCGGGAAAGUUCCCCGUGAUUACCCCGGGGGGCAAAAACUCGACGGGCAGCGGCGGCGGCGGCACCGGCGGAGGCGGGAUUCCGCCGAAGAAGAAGCGCGGCGGGCCGAACGGCGGAUGGACGCUCGGGAAGGAGCGGAGGGUUUCGUUGGCGUCCGCGCAGGAGAUGAAAUUCGGCAACGGCCAGUUCGGAAAAGGCGGGAAAGUGACGUACCAUGGCGGUCCGGUAAUGACCAAGUCGCCGAUCAGAGUGUACCUCAUUUUCUACGGCGACUGGGACGCGACGACCGUACAGCUGUUUCACAAGUUCGUCGACUCUAUAUCGGGGCGAUACAAGACGCCGGCUGACCGUUACAAUGUGACGCGGUGGUGGGGAAUCACGGCGGCCGGCACGCAGGCGGACGGCAAGCGCGUGAGCUCGACGGUGUCGCUGGGGAAGUCGGUUCUGGAUAAGAACUACGUGUCGGGCGGCGGGAAGGUUCUGCGCAACUACCAGAAGGACGUGGUAGCCAUCAUAAACUACCAUCUGCGCAACAAGCUGCUGCCAUUCGACACGGACGGCAUCUACAUGGUCAUGACGGAUCCAACGGUGGAGGUGAAGAGCAGCGAUCCCAGGGACGGGUUCUGCACGCGAUUCUGCGGCUACCACAGCUACGGACAGGACGCGCUGGGCAAGGCCCUCAAGUUUGGAUUCGCGGGGCAUUCUGCUCGCUGCCCCUCGCAGUGCACCCGACCGCUCCCCUAUGACACAUUCAACGGGAUAAAUGUAGACGCCACUCUAUCCACAUUCGCACAUGAGAUAGCGGAGGUAGCACAGGAUCCGCUCUUCACGGCGUGGUAUGACUACGAUCAGCCGCUAGUCUCAGAAAUUAAGCGCGCCCCUCUGCCGCGACUUGGUAUCAUGGCGGCCGUGCCGCUAGCCUCGUUCGUCCCCGUGCCUCCCAACUGCCACUUUCCGAUCCAGAACCUGCCGUUCGGCGUCUUCCGACCCUCACCGGGAGGCUCGGCACGAGUGGGCGUGGCGAUCGGCGAGCAGGUUCUGGACCUGUCGGUGGUGGCGGACGCGGGGCUGCUGGGGGAUGUGGGCGACGAACUACUACGGAUUCUGGACCUGUCGGUAGUGGCGGACGCGGGGCUGUUGGGGGACGUGGGCGACGUGGUUAGCGACACGGCCUGCUUCCACCAGGUAGAGUCGCACGGGCGAGUCGCACAGGAGGCGAGAGGGUCGCACAGGUGA